CGAGACGCAUUUGGUAGCGUGGAUCGGAGAUCAUGGACACUAGCAAGAGUUAUACUAGCUCAGAAGUAAUGAAAUCAGGUCCUGUAUAGAACCCGGAUCUUUCACCAGGAGUCACAUCCGUUACCUCCCGAGCUCAACGUCGACGAAUCAUGGAAGUCGUGGGCCGGGGGAAAAGCAACGGCAGUACAGUCUUUGAUGCAUGGACUGCACAUUGGCCCUCUGUUGCUGAGCAGUUGAGCCCUGUCACUGGUAUCCCUAGGUUCGGUAAAGAUCGACGGAACGGCCCUUGUCGAAUGGAGGUCUGUACCUGGCGCUAUACCCAGGGCGGGAUAGCGCAAUCUGCCCCCAAUUUCAACUUCCCCGAGCUCCCGCUUGGCACCGAUAAUUCAGGGGCCACACUGGCCAUGAGGCACCCCGAGCUCGACGACGACGAUGCUACCCUGGACCCCAGUAUCACAUCCAAGUUCUUGAUCAUAGCCACGGCGGCAGCAGGGCGGACUCUCCGCGGUUUAAAAAGACGAUAUCUGGUCGGCGAGACUGUGCAGAACAGAAAGCCCGGCGUUGCAGCGGGCUGACUUGGCUGAUGAAGAGACAAUUUCCGGGGGCCUCGAGUCUAGUGUACGCCAACAAGCUCCGCGCGCUAGAUAACAAAAGGGACAAGGACACUUUAUCCGGUCUUUUCGGCUCCUGUUUGCAACUUGGCGGUGCACUUCAAACAGUGUUUCGACUGGGAUGGCAUUAAGCUGCGUCGCGUGUCCUGGUCGCAUUCUGUGAGGGCUUGUGGGACUUGUCCGAAAGACACGACGAAGGGUAGGGCGAACAGCAUUGGGCGGGAAGCGCACAGGUCAUGGCAGAUCCGAAGCUGAUCCCAUCAGUGAUCCAAGGCCGAUCACGCAG